GGAAUAGUUAUCAUACAUGUAACCCGCUAACAAUACUACAUGUUAUCGUACCACAUGACACAAUCAAUCAUGUGAUUCCAUUCGACAAAAAAAGCUCAAAUUUCAGAAGCUAAAGAACAAGAAAAUGGCCUCUCUCGACCCAGCGGACAGCAGCACAAGUGUGCCAGAGAAAAAGGUGACUCUGACCAACUGGGUACGCCUGAACAACGCCCCCCUCCUCCAACCGAGAGCAUCAGCCGUCCAAUGGAAUGACUACGUCUUUGUGCUAGCUAGUGACGGUACAGCACUGCUCUAUCAUACUAAGCUAAAGCUAUGGUCUAUGCUACCAAAAUGCCCGUACAGAAUGACAAGUAAUGUACCGCUAGUCAACUAUAAAGGAGAGAUUCAUGCAGCCAGCUCUUAUUCAGGGAUGUUUGCUUUUGACGUCGCUACUAGUAGCUGGAAGAAUCUAUCCAAGCCAGCAGAAGGGGAGAUUAUAAGCAUUGCAGUCAACGGCAACGCACUACAUGCAUACAUGUAUGUAUGCAUAAAAACUAAGUCAACGCAAACGUAUCCACCACAAACACCUGCUCUGUUCUUGCAGACAAUAAAAGAGUGGAAAAAACAAGACCUUGGUGUCAAUGAGCUCGGUUCAAAAAUCCUACUAACGUCAAAACACCUGUUCAUAGAAACUAAUAAAGUCAUUUAUCGCCAGAAAAUCAGCAAUGCUUUUGAACCAAUCGAGCCACCCAAAGAGAUAGCUCCUCCCCCCUACAAGGCGUUCACUCUGCAUGUACUGAAAGACACGCUACUUUCGUUCGGAGGGCGGGACGAGGACAACCAACCAACAUCUGACGUGUUACGAUAUAACCCCGACACUGACACCUGGGAGAGUGCCGGCUACAUGAGGAGUGCUCGCUACAAUGUUGCUGUGGCAACCGUACAACAAGACACAACUACGGAGGUCUACGUGCUAGGAGGAGAAUUUGGAAGCACCAAACUGAAAAUGACACCCAAGCUACAUGUACAAACAGAAGCAUGUACACGUACGCAUGCUAAAUCUAAAAUGACACCCAAGCUGCAUACAAGUAUUGAGCCAACGCCUACUGAUAAAACACCAGCUAACUGGGACUGCUCCACAAGCAUAAUUGAAAAAUGCACACUGUCAGAUUGAAGCUAUAUGCACGUACGUACCAACUGUAUACACUAGCUAGAAGCGCAUACAAAACUACACGUAUGUUAUAGAUUGUAUUGUAUUAUAGCCAAAAUGUUACUUAUGAACCAUAAAUUGUACUCG